GCAGCUCCAGCUCAGGGAGUAGUACUAGACCACUGUGUUGUGCAGGAACAGGCACGACGUAUCCGAAAACCGCUAGCGGAAUAAAUGAAAACGAGAACUACUCUUUCAUGUGGAUUAAUCCAGGAGAGAGACGUUCAGUCGAAGUGGGAAGAUCUUAAAGCGAAAUUGGACCGACUGACGAAGAUUGUGACGGUAGUUACAGAGCGAUAAUACCACCGAAUGGUUUCUUUUGCCCCGCCGCUAAGGUUGCAGGCUAAAAUAAACGGCCGAUAAUGUGCGGCAUGUGCUCUACAGCAACAAGCACUUCCUGUCUUUAGAGGAAGCGGCUGUGCCAGCAUGUCCUCUCAUCCCCAGACUGUGCCGCCGGGCCGGAGGACUGUGGACACACGGCACCUGCCAAACCCCGCCACUCUACCACUGCAGCUGCAACGGGCACACACGGAAGUGGGUCUGGUUGACUAUCACUCUCAUCAUAGUCGGGACUACAGCUCCCACCUCGCUCAGCCCCAUCGCCGUCGACCUUCCUUACUGUCAGAGUUCCAGCCUGGGAGUGAAAGAGGACAAGAACAGCAUCUCCGCUAUGAGCACAUCUACCUACCAGAGCCCAGUGGCCAAUCAGAGGUGGAAUAUGCGGAAAUCAAACGGCCUCGUUUAGAGAUGGGACCAGAGUCUGUGAUGAGGCCUUCAUCUCACCGCCCGCCAUUGCCUCUGGUAGGGGCUGAGGAUAUGACAAAGGAUCGUGGAAGUGCCAUUGGGAAGCUGGAGCCCAUCUCCCCAGUAAGCCCUGUCCAUAUGGACCCUGACUUGGAACUGGUUCCAGCUCGCUUCUCCAAGGAAGAGCUGAUCCAGAACAUGGACCGGGUGGACAGGGAGAUCAGCAUGGUGGAGCAGCAGAUUUGCAAGCUUCGCAAAAAACAGCAACAGCUGGAGGAGGAGGCCGCAAAGCCCCACGAGCCAGAGCGACCCAUCUCUCCGCCACCCAGUGAGGCCAAGCACCGCAGCCUGGUGCAAAUCAUCUACGAUGAGAACAGGAAAAAGGCAGAAGAAGCUCACAGGAUACUGGAGGGACUGGGACCCAGAGUAGAACUGCCUCUGUACAACCAGCCUUCUGACACCAAGCAGUACCAUGAAAACAUCAAAAUAAACCAGGCGAUGAGGAAGAAGCUCAUCUUAUACUUCAAAAGGAGAAAUCAUGCUCGUAAGCAGUGGGAACAGAAGUUUUGCCAGCGCUAUGACCAGCUAAUGGAAGCUUGGGAGAAGAAGGUGGAGCGCAUUGAAAACAACCCGCGGCGCAGAGCCAAGGAGAGCAAGGUGCGGGAGUACUACGAGAAACAGUUCCCAGAGAUCCGCAAGCAAAGAGAGCUGCAGGAGCGAAUGCAGAGCCGUGUUGGGCAACGAGGGGGUGGGCUGACCUCAUCUGCAGCUCGCAGUGAACAUGAAGUCUCUGAAAUCAUUGAUGGAAUAUCAGAGCAUGAGAACACAGAGAAGCAAAUGCGACAGCUGGCAGUCAUCCCUCCUAUGCUGUUUGACGCUGAGCAGCAACGCAUCAAAUUCAUCAACAUGAAUGGAUUGAUGGAUGACCCCAUGAAGGUGUACAAGGACCGGCAGGUUAUGAAUAUGUGGAGCGAACAGGAGAAGGACACUUUCAGAGAGAAGUUCAUCCAGCACCCCAAAAACUUUGGUCUGAUUGCAUCUUUUCUGGAAAGAAAGACGGUGGCAGAGUGUGUGCUUUUUUACUACCUGACCAAAAAGAAUGAGAACUACAAGAACAUUGUGAGAAGGAACUACCGGCGCAGAGGAAGAAGCCAGCACGGUCAGCAGCAGCAGCAACAAGUGAACCGGAGCAGCCAGGAAGACAAGGAGAAGGAGGAGAAAGAGAAGGAAGGAGAGCGGGAUGAAGAAAAAAAUGAUGUUGAAGACAAGGAAGAUGGAAUGAAGGAUGACACCUCUGGAGAAGAUGCAGAGGACAAAGAGCCUGCUGUGGCUUUCAAGGGUCGACGCACAGCCAAUAGUCAGGGACGCCGCAAGGGCCGUAUAACCCGCUCUAUGACCAGUGAAGCAGAGGAGGCCUCUGCACCGCCACUCAACAAUGAGCUCGCCAAUCUGGAAAUGAAUGAGAGCUCUCGCUGGACUGAAGAAGAGAUGGAAACUGCCAAAAAAGGCCUUCUCCAGUAUGGUAGGAAUUGGUCCGCCAUCGCCAAGAUGGUGGGAUCAAAGACCGUGUCACAGUGCAAGAACUUCUACUUCAACUACAAGAAGAGGCAGAAAUUGGAUGAAAUUCUGCAGCAGCAUAAAAUGAAAUCGGAGAAGGAACGAAAGGCCCGUCGUAGGGGCAAAGCCUCACAGAAUGAGGAAACUAGUGCCCCAUAUCCAGCAGAGGAAGAGGAGAUGGAGGGUUCAGGAGUCAGCUGCAACGAAGAAGAAGCCCCUGAAGAUGGAGAAGGUGGAGCCAAUAACAGCUCUGACACAGAGAGCCUGCCCUCGCCGCACUCCUCCGAGGACAGCAAGGCUAAAGAGGAUGCCUCAAGCAAGUUGAAGGGCAGCUCAAGCCUUGGCGAGAAAAAGGAGGACCUGGCAGAUGCGAGUCAGGCAGGGGAUGAGAAACCUCUGGUCAAGGAAGAUGCAGAUUCAGCCAUUAAACAGGAGAUAAAGACUGAAACAGGAGAGCCCAACAAAGAGCAGCUGCAGCCAACACCACCUAGUGAUGCCACAGAUAAAAAACCACCUACAGCAGACACGGGGGAAGUCAAAAGCUCUAUCAAGAGCUCCAAGAAGGACCAUGUGGCCAAAACAGGCUCCCAUGGAGACAGUGACUCUAGUGCCACUUGCAGUGCUGAUGAGGUGGAGGAGACGGACAACACAGAUAAGAACAGAAUGAUGUCUCCACGGCCAAGCCUACUGAACUACACUCAUGAUGGGGUCAUAUCGUCCCCACUACAGAAGCCCAUGGAUCUGAAACAGCUGAAACAGAGAGCAGCUGCUAUACCACCUAUUAUGCAAGAAGCCUCGAUGCAGGGGGGUCAGCAGAGUGGGGGUGGGAAGGUGUUACUGCCCCCCCAUGCUCUGGCACUGUACCAGCAACAGAUCACCAUGGCUCAUGGGGAGUCCUCUCAGGAGGUCAAGCAGCAGCAGCAGCAGCAACAACAACAGCAGCAGUUUCCAAGCCAGCCAGGCAAACAGCAGCCUUAUACCCCACAGGCAGACAGAGACAGGGAGGCUCUUCACAGCAGCAGCCCACGUGUUCGCCCGCGCAGCCCCUCCACCAGUGAAAAGGAUGAGUUGGAAAGCAACGAAAAGUGGUUACUGCUCCUCCUGCAGGGAUUAAAAAAGCCCCCAGCCUUUUCUCCACAUAGUGAAGCUAAAAAACAGGCACUGGGCCCUGAUGACUUGAGGACUUCUAACUUGGGGCGGCCAGUUCUCUCCCCUUACCCUGUGUCCCCACGAGACAUGGCCAAGAACAGUCAUGACCAGCACCUGCUCCACUUCAACUCGUUCCAGUCAACAGGCCACCCCUCGCUGCCACAGGACAGCGGAAGGCUAGCAGCAGUGAGACCCCUCACAAUGCCAGAGCCUCCACCUCUCAUUUCCUCCUCCAAGCCAGGAGGCUCUAUCACGCAGGGCACCCCAGUACAGUUGCACAGCCCAGCUCAUGGGUUGGACCAUGGGAAGAUGCCCCCCACACAGAUGGGGGUGAACUGGAUGGAUCAGAGGAAAGGCGGUCCACUAGUAAAGCAGGAACAGCUGUCCCCUCACAGCUCGUCCUCCCAAGCUGAUAACCUGUCAGGCCAAGGGGCAUCUUAUGAUAGUGCUGCUGGACGUGCAUCUAUUCCAGCUGUUCAGGGCGGUAGUAUCACUAAAGGCAUCCCCGGGACCAGAAUGCUUUCAGAUUCCUACCGAGGCGGCUCCAUUACUCAGGGGACGCCGGCUGAUGUGCUGUAUAAGGGAACCAUAACACGGCUAAUCACAGAGGACAGUGCCAGCCGGGUUGAGAGGGAGCGAGAUGAGGCGCUGUCUAAAGGACAUGUGCUCUAUGAGGGCAUUAGUGGGCACAUUCUUACAUAUGAUCGCUCAGCAUCUCAGACUCCUAAAGAUGAGGGCCGAGGUGCGGGGCAGUCUGGGGAAAUUCUGGGCCUGAAGCGUUCUUAUGAUGUAAUGGAAGGAGGCAUCUCGAGAGGACUCCCUAUGAGGGAGUCCCUGUCUGCUGCCAACUGUGAAGGUCUGAUUGGAAGAGCCAUGCCUCAUGAUAGUGACAGUCCCCACCAUGCCACUUACAAGGAAGCUCAUCACAUCCGUGGUUCCAUCUCUCAAGGUAUUCCUCGUCAUCUGGACAUUCAAGAAGGCUACAUAAGGAGGGAACCUAAACAUCUGAGAAGAGAAGGCUCGCCACCUCGGGGGCCUAGCUCUCUGUCUGACUCUAUGAAAGGCAGAGAGACCAUUGUGCCCACAGUGAAGGAGGCUGGGCGCUCUAUCCACCUCAUUCCCAGGGAAGAGCUACGACAGUCUGCGAAAGAGGGCAUCAUAGUACAGGGAACACCCAUGAAGCAGGAGGUGGCUGGUUCAGGGAAACGUCAUGAUGUUCGCUCCAUCAUAGCCAGUUCACCGCGUUCCUACCACAGUACACCCUCCCACCUGGAGAUGCGUGAGAGAAGCCGAUAUGAAGAUGCACCUAAAGGGCGCCCCAGUGCAGUAGUCAGUACAGCUAGCCCCAUAGCGCGCUCUUCUCCGCUUACGCUGGGGUCAGAGCAGGGCAGCAAAGCCCAUCAUAGCCCAGUGGGCUACGACGAGAAAGGCGCCUUAAGGACUCCUUACCCUGGGCCCUCGCAUCGUAGCUCCCCACUGUCCAGGGAGGCAGGUCCAAGGCAGCACGAGGGCUCCAGUAAGAAUCUGCCUCAGGAGCGUAAAGCCACUCCAACUCCCAGGGAGAUGAGUGCCACCAAAUCACCACUUUCCACGGUUCCAGAUCAGCAGGCCGUGUUUCAGAGUCUCGGACCUGACAUGUACCGUCACAUCUCCUUAGCCUUUGAUCCUACAGCACUAGGUCGUAGUAUCCCAAUUGAUUCAGCCUCCUACUACUUGCCUCGGCACCUCGCUUCUAACCCAGCAUACGCUCACCCCUACCCCUACCUCAUCCGUGGCUUUCCUGACACUGCCGCCUUGGAGAACCGACAGACUCUACUCAAUGACUACAUCACUUCUCAGCAGAUGCACCAGUGGCCUGCAGCUGCUGCCAUGGCUGCACAGCGCUCGGACAUGCUGAGGGGCCUUGCUCCGCGAGACCAGCCCCUUCCUCUGCCCUACUCUGCAGCUCCUCGCGGGAUCAUCGAUCUUUCUCAGGUACCACACUUACUGGUCCCUCCCUCUCCAGGGACAGCAGUCUCACCAAUGGACCGCAUCACUUACAUCCCUGGAACGAGCACCACCUUCUCUGGCAGACCUUACACCGCCUCCCCCAUCUCACCCGUUGGCUCCUCACACAUAAACAAAAUGCAAGGCACAGCCUCAUCUUUAGAGCGUGAAAGAGACCGUGAACGUGAUAGGGAGCGGGAGCGUGAGAAUGAGAGAGAACGGGAGAAAGAGAGGGAACGUGAACGGGACCGGCAGAGAGAUCGGGAAAAGGAAAGGGAGCGCGAGAGAGAUCGUGAAAGGCAAAGGGACCGGGAGAGAGAGCGAGAACGAGAGCGUGAAAGAGAUAAGGGUGGGUCUCUUGGAAAUGUGGAGCAUGCUCCCAUCUGGAGACCAGGUACAGAGCACAGCUUGUCCAGCAGCAGCAGCAGUGUAAGACCUGCGUCCCAGCCAUAUAGCCACCAGCACUCCCCAGUGUCGCCUCGUACCCAGGAAAAUGUGCAGCAGAGGCCAAGUGUCCUGCAAAACACUGGGGGGAAAAGUCUUUCUGCGAGUGAACACUCGAGCUCAUCUGUGUUACGGUCCAUGCCCUCAGGGUCAUCCCACUACCAGAGUUACCCUGGCCACCUCCAUAGGACAGGUGUGCUUCCUGAGGCCUACCCACCUGCCAUGGAUUCAAAUGUAGCCAAAGAGCAGAGUCGUGAUGCAGGCAAGAACAGGGGAGGUCUACCCAAGCAUGUGCAGGACCAGCACGGGCCCUCCAGUAAAUCUGACCCCAAGCUGUCCAGUCCCAGCCCAGGUGGAAUGUACACCGGGUCUUAUUCCUCUGCUUCAGGCCGUUCCCAACACCUUCUGCCUCUGCAGUCGGAUAACCCUCCUGGCCGUGGAGAAAGUGGUACACCUAGUAGGGAAAAGACUCAAAACAAACCGAUGUCCAUUCAGGAACAAGAGCUCCGAGCACUCGCUACGCCACACGGUCUUUACUGUCCAUCGUCCGAGGAAAGGCUGUCUCCAGGCCAGCAGUCCCCGUCCCCCUGUGUCAAAGGCAGCCAAAGGGUGGUCACUCUGGCACAGCACAUCAGCGAGGUGAUAACUAAAGACUACACCAGGCAGAGCCAGCAGCAAAGCUACCACGGUUCUCCUGUCCUGGACUUGACCCGUCCACCCAGUGCCUCCCAGCUUCCUCCCACUUCACAAGAAUCUGCUCAGGGGACCCGCUAUGUCGAGGGCCCUGGUGGAGAACGGAACAGAGACCGAUCUCCACCUCAGCCCAAAACAUCACCUGUCAGCGUUUCAAAUGACGGCAUCGAACCAGUGUCUCCUGCUGGAGCCAACUCUGAACCUGAAGUCCAGCGAGGGGCCUCCUACCCCAGCGAGCAGGGAGAGCAAGGAACUGGUUCCCAUUCUCCUCCUAAUGCCUCCCAGCCUCCAGCCUUCUUCAGCAAGCUGACUGAGAGCACUUCGGCUAUUGUGAAAUCAAAGAAACAAGAAAUGAGCAAGAAGAUGACAGUAGUGGGAAGUGACAGUGAUUUCAAUGCUGGUCAGCCUGGAACAGAAAUCUUCAAUAUGCCGGCAUCUACAACUGCAGGACCUGUAAAUGUCCGCCAUAACCCAGCCCCAGAAACACCUGGUAACUCAAUAGGCCUGGAGGCCAUUAUAAGAAAGGCUUUGAUGGGCAGUUACGAUCAGUCUGAGGAACGCUCUUCAUCCAACGCUGCUAACCCGCUGAGUUCCAGUUUGUCUGCAGAGGGGCGGGUUGAUGACUCUUUGUCACAAGGCGGUGCAAAAUCCUUGAAGGGUAGCGGACGCUCUAAUGGGCGCAAGGCUAAGUCUCCAGGGCCAGGACUUUCAGGAGGUGAGAGACCAUCCUCUGUGUCCUCAGUCCACUCAGAGGGAGACUGCAACAGGCGAACACCUCUUACUAACCGUGUCUGGGAGGACCGGCCUUUGUCUGCAGGUUCAACACCAACUCCCUUUCCAUGUAACCCGCUGAUAAUGCGUUUCCCCAGCGGGACAGUGUCUGCUCAUUCACCCUCAUCUGGCCAACAGGGGAGCCAGGGCCCAGGGUUAGGACCAGGACAGGGUCGCCCCUCCUGGGGGGAGGAGGAGCACAAACCUCUGCUUGUGUCUCAGUACGAGACCCUCUCUGACAGCGAGUGACUGGAAAUGCCACUGUUUUAGCAGGAGCCUGCUUACAGCCAACCACCUCCGUGCUGCUGCUGCUGCAGCGCAUGCAUACACAGACAAGGCAUCUGCAGACCUUCCCCACACCAUUCCAACAUGCAUUUCCUCCAUCAGUCAUCAAGAAAGGAUUGUGUCCUCCUCACAUGCACCUGAUACACCAAACAGCGAAGAAGUGGAACACUGCUGCACCUUGUGCAUGCAUGUGUGCGCGCGCAUGUGUGUAUGUAUGUUUGCGCUUACAUGUUAUCCAUUCACUCCAGGACUGCUCCAAAGGACAAAUCACUUUUUUUUUUUUUUUUUUCUCUUCCUCUUCUUAAUUUUUACUACUUUUCCUCACUGGCCUUAUCAAUAUACACACAUCACCUGCACCCUUUUUAAACUUGUGUGGAAGGGACUCUCGAGGUUGCGUUAUUGGUGCGGUCAGGAGGCUGAUGACUGCUGCUCUAGUGACAGAUAAUUUGACCUGAGAGCAGCAGCGCACAGAGGACCCUCUUGUGUUUCUUCAUGUGAACUUGAGGUGCAUGUGGCCUGUGCACUGCUACCACUACAAGAACACGUGUGAGGGGGACAGGAGGAGAAUCAACAUGUUUCAUUUUUCCUUGUUUUGUUCUGUUUUGUUAUUUUUUUUUUUUUCUACUUUAAAUUCUGUCAGUCCAGUCCUGUGUUUGGUGAGCGGAGACCUUUAGUACAUUUUGAUGGUGAACUUUUGAUGGUGUCAUUUGUUGUAAGGAUGUAUC